AUGGAACUUUGCACAACAAAUAUUCAAUGUUUGGGUAUAAAAGAUAGUGCUCAUAAAAAAAAAAUUUUUAAUAGUAGUAGUAAUACCAAAGUGUUAGAAUUCCAAGUCAGAUAUGAAAAUCCAGAAAAUGAUGAAGACAAACCACCAAGCGAACCAAUUAUUUUUCAAACUACCCAAAGUGCAAUUAACAAAUUAAUUACUGAGAUAUAUAAUGUUAAUUUACCGUUGUCAAAUUUUUCAAUUGGUUCAAGUUCAGCACUUAGUGAUAUAAGCCUAUUAUGUCAAUGUAUAUCAUCUACACCAAAAAUUCAAAAAUCAUUAGCAUUUGUCAAUUUUAUAGAGACUGAAAAUAAUUUAUGUAAAUCAUCUACAUUCCUUUACGAGUUUAUAAAAGAUUCAAAUAUUUCAGGUGUAUUAACAAAAACAAAAAACAAGAAUAAAAGAACUAAAAAAGAAAGAUUAUGUGCAAUUAAAUAUAACAGAAUUCUUUAUUACUUUUCAAAUAACGACAAGAAAUGUAAAGGUUUAAAGUUUUUAGAUGAUUGCAAAGUACUUGGAAAAAGCUUUAAUACUUUUCAACUAUCGUUUGGUAGUAACGAAACAUACUUAUUUACAACUCCAACCACCGAAGAAUGUGAAAAAUGGGUUUCAACAAUCAAUUCAUGUAUUGAACAUAUUCAAAAAUCAACUUUUCAAGUUAGUGGUCAAGUUCAAGGUACACUUGUUAGAGGUAGAAACCUUGCCAUUAAAGAUAUUGGUGGUUUAUCUGAUCCAUUUGCUAUCAUCAAAGCUGAAAGGCAACAAUAUAAAUCUCAUACAAUUUAUAAAACAUUAAACCCAACAUAUAAUGAAAAUUUCCAUUUUGAUAUUUCAAAGCAUAAUAGUUAUCUUUAUUUAUUUUUGUGGGAUGAAGAUAAAUUUAAAACAGAUUUUAUGGGUGAAAUUAUAGUACCACUAUCAGCAUUACCAGCAAAUCAAGAAGUACAAUUAUGGCUACCAUUGGCACCAAGAAACUCAAAAGAUAAGGUUAGUGGCGAUCUUUUAUUAAAACUACGUUAUUUCUAUGCACCAGAUACCCUCGAGGUUUCACCAAAUGCAAUUUAUGGCAACUCAUUAGAAUCCCUUAAAAAUAGACCAAAUGUUUGCAAGAACUCAGUACCAAUAAUCCUAUAUCAAUUUAUUGAAUUUUUUGAAAAGCAUGGUUUAAAUGAAGAAGGUAUAUUUAGAAUUUGCGGAAACUCUAUCGAAAUUAAAUCAAUCAAAAGCCAAAUUGAUCAAAAUUUUGAAAGUGUAAUUUUUAAUGCCCCCAGUGUUCAUGCUUUUGCUGGUGCCUUUAAAUUGUUCUUUAGAGAAUUACCCGAACCAUUAUUCACCUUUGCUCAAUAUGAUAAUUUUAUAAAUUUAUCCAAACAAAAAAAUUUUGAAAUUCAAGCAGUUAUAGAUAUUAUGAAGACAUUCCCACAAAGCCACAUUGCAACAUUAAAAUUAAUAUUACCAUUCUUUAAAAAAAUAUCCGAUAAUAUUAAUACAAACUUGAUGGGAAAUUAUAAUCUAUCAAUUGUUUUUGGACCAGCACUCCUUAGACCUCAAGUUGAAGAUAAUACAAAUUUAAUGGAAAUGAUUGUUGUAAAUGAAAUAACAAAAUUCAUUUUCGAUAAUAGCCAACAAAUUUUAAAAAGUUUAUAA